AUGAGACGGUACGCUGCACCCGUUGAGGACGCCAUAAGGGAGAUUGGCGGGAUGGACAAAAUUCUCUAUGCCCGUGUCCGAGACAUCAUCGGGUCCAACUCGACCUUUGUGAAUCAGUCCGGCACAUUUCCGGAAAGAUUUACCGAUUUCAGGCCGGAGGAUUCGGCUGACAAAACAGCAAGACAUGAACAAGCUGUCAAUGCUGCACUUGCAGAGUGUGGAGACGUUCCAGUCACAAAAGAAUCGUCUCUGGCGUGGCGAAUCCUUUGUGGGCUUGGAUCUCAUGACCUCUCACUGAUGCGAGAAGUACUGGGAAUGCCAACCAGCGUUCAGGGCUCCUCUCUUGGCUUUCCCUUUUGGAAUGUCCUCUUCAAGUAUCCUGGCUUCACUGUCUCUUAUGAGUCUGGAAUUGACAAUAACCCUCGCUUUGACGCACAUCUUGAGGUUUAUAGUAACACCAAGUCGGUCCGCCUGCAAUACGACACACCAUAUGUCAAGGGGCUGCCGGUCACCAUGCACAUCGCGGAGAACGACGAUGGAGCGUAUAAGGAGACUACAAUUCGCAAGACGUACGAGGAUCCUUACACCCAUGAGCUCAAGGAGUGUGCCGAGAUCGCCCGGGUUCACUCGUUAAACACUUGCAGUGACGAGAAGGGACCCGAAGCUGCAGCCGCCAACGCCGCAAGUCCAGCAGACACGAGAACCUCCGGCGCAUUGACCGCAGGCUCGCUUCUGAAGAGCGUCACGCUCAGCGAUGCCUCGGGCGGCGUUGGCAGCGGCAUCAGCCUCGAUAGCAGGGGCGGCCAUGGCGCCAACGGCCAGGGCAGUGAAGAUGAUGGCGAAGAACUUCAUUUUUGA